AUGACACGGAGAAGAGUUGAAGCUGUAAUUGGAGCAAUAGAAGGUGGUCAUGCAGUGACGUAUUCAAGUGGGCAAAGUGCAGCUAUGGCACUCAUUCAUUGUAUCAAACCACGACGUAUCUAUCUAAAUGCAGGUUAUCAAGGUGUCCAAUUCGCAUUCAAACUGUACACUGAACGUCAAAACAUAGAAGAUGAGAAAGUUCAACUGCUUACAUUGGAACAAUGCAAAGAAAUCUAUGAUUCUGAAAAGAAAGAACUUCGCAUAGACACUGCUCAGACUGGUGCUUGUCUUGCAAUAGAUAGUACUCUUUCAUCACCACUCGGUUUACGUCCAUUGGAACAUGGAGCACAUGUUGUCAUGCAUUCAUCAACUAAAUAUCUUGCAGGACAUAGUGAUGUACUUGGCGGUGUCCUUAUCGUGCACUCUUCAUUGUCCGAUAUGCUUCCAUGCACACUCUUACAAGAACGUACUACUGACGGCGCUGUUAUGGGUAAUUUCGAAACAUGGCUUCUACAACGAUCAAUGAGAACUUUUUCUCUUCGUGUUCGUCGACAGUGUCAAACGGCUUUAAUUAUAGUACAAUGGCUUGAAAAACAACGUGCUGCUGGUUAUAAAGUGAUGAAAAUUCAUCAUCCGAGUUUAGAAUCACAUUCUAGUUAUUCGUUAGCUGUUCGUUAUCUUCGUCUUCUUCCUGCUACGUUCAGCUUUGAACUACAAUCUGAAUCACAAGCAAAGUCAUUUGCUCGAUCGUUACUUCUUUGUGCACAUGCUACAAGCUUGGGUGGAGUGGAAACAUUAGUUGAUUGGAUUUACUCGUAUAAUACUAGUAUUAGCCCUACUCUUUUGAGAGUCUCUAUUGGUGUCGAAGAACCCGAAGAUAUCAUUCAAGAUUUUGAACAAGCAUUGAAACAAGCAGAAUGA